CUUGUCUGUUAAACACACCCUGAAGAUACAAGUGAUUCCAGGUCUGGUAAAUUUGCUGCCAAGAGAUUUUAUACAUUGAAAUCAGACAUGGAUUACACAGAGUUUUUGAUUUUUGUCUUCUUGGGAUUUUGCCUCCCCACCUCUUGCCUCCGUCGUCAUUUCCACUAUGUCAACUUGACACUGACCUGGAGUGGUGCUCGACAGUACUGCAGAGAGAAAUACACCGACCUGGCUUCCAUCAGAAGUAUGGAGGACAUACGUAUGUUGGAAAGACCUGCUUUGAACACCUCACAUGCAUGGAUUGGACUGAGUGAUGACCCAGAAUCAUGGAAGAAAACCACGUGCAAUGAUGCCAACUCCUGGAAAUGGUCAGCAACUGGUCAAAUGAGCGCAUCUCGUUAUACCGUCUGGCUUUCUGGUGAACCAAACAACGGGUAUUUACAGUUCUGUGGUAUGAUGUACCACGAUGGAUCAUGGACUGAUGAAGCCUGUGAAGAUUUCAGAAGUUUUGUUUGUGUUGCAGGAACAGCAGUAAACACAAAAACCUUUGUGUAUGUCCCAAUUGAGCUACGGUGGGCUGAUGCCCGAGAUUACUGCAGAAAGAACUACACUGAUUUGGCUGUGAUUGAAAACUCUGAUGAAAAUACUGAAGUCUACCAAGCAAAACCAGGAUCUGUUUCUGUAUGGAUUGGUCUGUACCGAACUCCAUGGACUUGGACUGAUGGCAGCAACAGCUUAUUCAGAAACUGGCAAAGUGGACAACCAGAUAACAGUAAUCUUCACCAGUUCUGUGCGGCUGAGAACGCUCAGCAUGAAUGGAGUGAUUUGGACUGUAAUACCCAGAACACUUUCGUUUGCCAUGAAGAUCCAAAAGGGAUGGUGGUGAAGAUGAAGUUUCAGACCAGCGCUGACAUGACAGAUCCAGCUAUUGACUCCCAGUUCAUCCAGCAGCUGGGUGCACUGCUAAAACGCCGGGGACUGAUGGACAUUAAGCUGCAAUGGAAGAUUCAGCCCAGAAAACAGGAAAACGAUCAAGAGGAACUCCCAGGAGCUCAGUGCACUUAAUUUGGUUUUGUCUGCAACCACA